AUGGACGUGCAUCAAAACAGUAGUGGUACUCAUGGCCACCUAGCUUCGGUGCUAAGCGGCACUGUGGCGGAUAUAUACAGUCAAACCGGCCGCAUCGGGCCGGACCUUCAGAUUCUAAAGGAGGGUGCUAAAACACUAGUUUCCGGGGGUAUCAUUGAUGACCGCAAAUACACUAUCGAACAUAUUGUUCAAUUGGCGGCAUCACUCCCUAACGAAUCAAACCUCCGUUACAAACUUACUGAUCAAUUUGUUACCACAUUGUGGGAUACUCUAGAGCACCCACCAAUCUCAUAUUUGGGUGACGAAUUCAAAUACCGGACUGCCGAUGGCUCGAAUAAUAAUGUCAUGUACCCACACCUUGGGGCUGCCGGUAGUCAUUAUGCGAGAACAGUGACACCCCAGCGGCCUAAGAAGUCUACGCUUCCUGAUCCAUCAUUCAUAUUUGAUACGUUGAUGAAGCGAGAAGGGCCAACGAAGGACCACCCUAGCAAGAUUUCAAGCAUGCUCUUUCAUUUUGCAACAAUCAUUAUCCACGACAUUUUUCGAACGGACGACCAAAACAUCACUCGCUUGAAGAAUUCUUCAUAUCUUGACCUGGGCCCGCUUUAUGGGCACAACGAGGAGCAGCAAAAAGGUGUUCGGGCCUUUAGAGAUGGUUUGCUCAAGAAGGAUGUCUUUGCAGAGGAGAGAGUUCUAGGUCAACCCCCAGGAGUUUGCGCCUUACUUGUCGCAUUCAAUCGUUUCCACAACUAUGUGGUGGGCGAGCUAUCAACUAUCAACGAACGGGGCCGUUUUAGCCUACCACACGGUAUUACUCCAAGCAGCCCUGACUAUGAAAAGGCUUGUCUUAAGCGUGACAAUGACUUGUUUCAAACCGGUAGGCUAGUCACAUGUGGCCUUUAUAUUAAUGUGAUCCUGAAUGAUUAUCUGAGAAGUAUUUUGAAUUUAAAUGACAAUCCUGUUGACUCUGAUUGGCGGUUGGAUCCUCGUCAAGCCAUUAGUAUUUUCGAUGCUGCUGGAGUUCCCAGGGGUAUUGGUAACCAAGUCAGUGCGGAAUUCAACAUGAUUUAUCGAUGGCACCCUGCAAUAAGCAACAAUGAUGAAACCUGGGCUAAAGGGUUCUUUAGCGAUGUGUUUGGCGCAGUGGACCCAAACACACUUACGAUAUCAGAGUUCCGUUCUGGGAUUGGAAAUUGGAUGAAAAAAUUCCCAUCGGAUCCUUCAAAGUGGGAAUUUGGAGAGUUGAAGCGUCAGCCUGAUGGGGGAUUCAAGGAUGCCGAUCUUGUGGGGCUGCUGCAAAAGAGCACAGAAGCUGUCGCAGGGGCAUUUGGGGCUCGAAAUGUACCUCCUGUUUUGAAGGCGGUUGAGAUACUUGGAAUCGAGCAGGGACGACAAUGGGGGCUUGCAACUCUCAAUGAGUUCAGGUCAUUUUUCAAAUUGAAGCCACAUGAAACGUUUCUUGAGGUGAAUUCGGACCCGGAAAUUGCCGAGGCUUUGGAGGCAAUUUAUGGACACCCAGAUGAUAUUGAACUGUACACUGGAAUCCAUACCGAAGAGGCAAAGACACCCUUUAAGCCUGGAUCCGGCCUUUGUCCCGGGUUCACUAUCUCAACAGCAAUUUUGUUUGAUGCAGUAGCAUUGGUGAGAGGCGAUCGUUUUUAUACCGUCGAUUACAGCCCGGAGAAUCUCACAAGUUUUGGAUUCAACACUGCAAAUUCGUCUUUUGAAGCCGCAAAAGGUGGAGUUAUGUAUAAACUUUUAAUGCGAGCAUUCCCCGGCUGGUACCGCCCAAAUUCAGUCUAUGCACAAUUCCCAUUUACGACACCAGGGAGGAAUCAAGAGGUAUUUGCUAAAUAUGGAAGAGCGGGCCAGUACAUUUAUGAUAAACCAUCUUUCAUCGGGCCACCAAUUCCAAUCUUGACAUGGCAAGGAGUGGUUGAUGUGCUAAAUGAUCAGGCACAGUUUAAGGUUCCUUGGGGCCCACAUACCUUGCAGCUCACACAGCAUGAUUACAUGCUGAGCGGUGAUCUUAAAGCAAACUCACAGCAAAGAGAAUUUGUUAAGAAGUGUCUUUUUGAGCCCAGAAAUUAUUUGGAAGAGGUACAAAAAUUUUAUGAGGCAGUGACAUCAAGUUUCCUCCGUGAAUAUAGCAAAAAAGCUGGUAACUCUUACCAGGUUGAUGUUGUGCAAGAUAUUGGAAACCUCGUUCAUGCGAAUUUUGCUGGUCAUUUCUUUCAAAUUCCGCUCAAGAGCGCCGGUGGUGGCUCUGAUGCGUACACAGAGCAGCAACUGUACGAUGCGCUGGCGCGGCUAUUCGCUUACGUUUUCUUGGACGUUGAUCAGGCCAAAUCGUUUGAACGAGGUGUAGUUGCUAGUAGGGAUUCAAAGUUACUCGGGGAGCGAGUCUCUGAGGCUGUUAAAGCGGUGCAAGGUGGCCGCUUUCUUAUCCUCAGACAAGCUUUCGAGCGGGCUAACAACAAGGCGUUCAGCGAAUACGGAGCUCGAUUGGUGGAGAGGCUGUCAGAAACUGGUAAAAGUGCUGAUGAGGUGGCCUGGAUACUCAUUCCAACGGCGGCCGCGGCUGUUGCUACGCAGGCUCAAGGGUGGGCGCAGCUUAUCGAUCUUUACAUGUCUGACCAGUAUCACGCAUACUGGCCAUCAAUUCAGAAAGCUGCUCAGUCAGAUUCGCCCGAGGAUUUCAACAAAUUGCGGAAAUUUGCGCUAGAAGGGCUCCGACUCGCUACUCCAGCAUUUGGUGUUCUCCGGAGUGCUGCAAGUAGUGGAAUCAUCCAAGACGGUACCCGUAACUUGCCGUUUAAAGAACGCGACACAAUAUUUCUAAACUUUGUGAGCGCUGGGACGGACCCAACAAAAUUCCCAGAACCAGAAAAGAUUAGACUCGACCGUCCUGAGGAGAAUUACAUUCACCAUGGCUGGGGUCCGCAUGCAUGCCUUGGCAAGCCGUUUGUGACCACAGCAGCAGCCAGUAUGUUAAAGGUAUUUGGAAGACUGAAAAAUCUAAGGAGAGCACCAGGGCCUGCAGGAGAGAUGCAGAAUAAAGAGGAGGGAGGUGUGUUUAAAGUCUUUCUGAGCCCUGAUGGAAGUGACUGGGGAUCUUUUCCUUGCACGAAGAGACUGCUCUUUGAUGACUUCAGGGGCGCAUAA